AUGAAAAAUCACUUCAGCGGCGAGCCCGCUGAUGAGGGACUGCUUACCGGAGUGUCGGAAACGGUGCCCCGGAUCGACAGAUUCUUUAUGGCAGGGCUCGUCGUAGCACGGCAUGACUCUUUUGCCGACUACACUGAGUACAUGAGAUCUUUGCGCGUGGUGUCGCACUUGCCAAUGGGAGAACAGGCUGGAGACAUCAGCAAACAGACCUGUUCAAGGUUGGUGCUGUCAAUGGCGCGACCUUUGUACGAUCACGACGUUGCUGUGUUGCGCAGAUCCACCAUGGCGUCCAUAGCCUUCGAUGUCAGGGACGACCUCAUGUUGGUCAUAGGAAGAGUGUUCUUUGAAGGAUUGAAUAGUCCCCAUCUUCCGCGUGUUGGGGUGUACGAGUUCCUGGUCGGUUGUCAGCGCGUGGGCGGGACUGGUGGAUCUCGCGGCAGCGCGGCAUCAGUGGAAAGAAUCUGCAAGGACCUUUGCCGAACACCUCAUGGCAGGGAGCUGCGCUUCGAUGAGGAUCUUUGGAAACACUUUCAGGCAGGAGGGAAUCAGACGAACACAGACGAUCCAGCGAUCGUCACAAGUGGCGUCUCCGACGGAGGCCCCAGCGAGCAGGGAGCGCUACCCAUCUUGCAGACCGAAUGCUUCAGAAACAUGGACCUCAUCUCCCGGGAUAGAGCUCACCGGUCCAGGAGCGUCAUCAAGAAUCUGUUCGAUUCCCUCAACAACUUGUGUGACAAUCUUUUGUCAUCCUUCACGACGGGGGAGCAAUCCCUGGCGAGGAACUCAUCCAAGUACUCGAACAUCUUCAAGGCAGAGCAAGCCCAGUCUUUUCGCAAAGCGGUCAAGAAUAUGUCGUUCGCUUUACAGCGCUUCGACUCGCUUUCCGAACCGCUUCUGAAGGUGUUUCUUUAUUUCCCAUCUGUGCUUCGCUUUCUGGGGGCUCUCACAAGAGACGGCGACGCAGAGGAUGGGCGAUGGUCAAGAAGGCUACUGAGCCAGGUCACGGGCCUGCAGGGCUUUCGAAAGCUCAUGACGGCAGCGAUGGCAGCUGAUGCUUUGCUAAUGGCCCAACGUUUUCUUCGGCAAGAUGAUCGUGCGGACACGGAAGUGUACUUGAAGCUUGGGGAGGUGCUUGAGCUUUUGCACAGCGUGGAGAUCAUGUUUGCCGACGGCUGCAUUUUUGAUGCUGCUCAAGCACCUGACACUGUGACACAACGAACUCUGCGCAUGUUGAACGAGCUGGGUGUCAUCCCUUUUCGCGAAGCGGGCAAGGACCGAGUCUGCAGCAUUCCAGUCGGCGAGACUGCGGAGCUCCGUGAUGUGGCGCAGCAGAUACAUGAGCUUUUUACAGCGUUCGUGAAUACGAACUUUCCAGGUUACGAGCAAAUGAACGCCUUUGCAGCCCUGCGACUGGACAGAACGCUUUCGUGGAAGCAGCGUCAAACGCUGAUGUCGACACUUGCAUUGUUGUUGCAAUGUUCAGCGGAGGAGCUUUGGCAGCUCAGCGUGAUUCGUUGUGCGAUUCCGGGCAAAGGGGCGUGGAUUUCGAGCGCGGAGCCAUCAUCAGGCAUCUUCGCCAGGGCGCUGUGGUUCUUUAAAAACUUUGCUACAGCUGGCAAUGUUCCCGGGAUGCAGCGCAUGCUGGACCAGUACGGCGCUUCGUCUGCGGCCUGGAUCCGUACUUUGGCAGACUUGACGCCGCAGCAACGACGAGAUCGACCACUCGCUGUCCAGCUUAUCGUCAAGUCUCUGACGGUGCAGUGCGGCACCCAAACCGUAGAACGGUACCUGGGCGAGGUCCGAUUGGCAGAGCUGAAACACCGUGCACGAGCCCUUGGCGCUGAGACUUUAGAAUCAUCCAUCAAGCUCAACGUGCAGGAUUUCAGUGGCCGUCAGGCAGGAAAGGCGUUCAAUCCUGAUUCGCUCUUCCGCUCAGCUGCUGAGAGUAUCGAGAAGGGUGUUCGAUAUCGGGCAAGCAACUUUGGUUUGCAGUGCCAAAACGCUUAUCGACGGCUCUAUGGUGAGAAACAAGACCCCGGCAGAAGUCUUCUUCCGACAAGUGCCCGAGGUUCAGAGGAAAAACCCAAGCUCACUCGUGUGCGUAAGUCUGCUGGACCUGCGAUGGAAACUCUGAAGCAGGCAAGAGACAUGCAUACCAAGUCGGUGAGCCAAGCUGUCGCAGCUGCUAGCAAAGAUACAUCUGCUGCUUUGGGAGCCGUGAUUCAGGCACAUGCGGAUGUUGCAAGGGCCAGGUUGGACGCAAGCACGAGUGCAAGCAGCAAGCGCUCGCAACCAGAUGAUGGGUUGGAUGUGAGCAUUGUGCAACCUGAGACCUCUGCCCAAUGA